CGAUGCAUCGAUACAUCGAGUGGAAAAUUUUCGAUGCAUCGAUGUUUUUCCGACAUCUCUAUUUCACGCCCAGCAAUUUUUAAUGAGUGACGAUUUGUUUACUUCUCUCGUGUUUCCCAACAUAAACAGAGAAGCAAUAAACGGUAUACAUACAAAUGUACAUACAUUCAUUUUCACAAUAGCAUUGGUAAAAAAAGUUAGCGGACGAUCCGGAGCAUUUGAAUACUGCACUCUAUCUUCAAACAAAUGUGUUAACUCCUUCCACGAUGAUUUAAUUCUGCUCUCCGACGGUCCGAUCGCUAGGCAGCUCAAACAUCAUUGAUUCGUCUACGCCAAUGCCGAAAUUAUCGUCGGCCACAUUACUAGCAGAAAUAAACAAUUCACCGGAAGUAAAAACAUUUCGAAUACGAGGAUAUAAAAUUUCGGAUUUUGUUUGCGCUAUUGCUUGGAAUACAUUUCGAAAUGGUUAUUAUCACAGUGCCCUAUGUCAAAAAUGAGAGCCUUUUCGACAUAUCGACGAUGUUGCAGGCAAAAGUACAAGAUGCUAUAAGGUGGACGCAAGAACAAAACCUAUCCGAUACGUUCAGUCCAUUAUUGUGUGGCGUUGCAGUGGCCUUAUUUUCCUGUAUGCUGGUGUAUUUCGACAGCGACGUCCCUGGUAUAAGUCCGCCCUCUCCCUUUUCACCACUGAAACAGACUUACCGCCGCGAACGACGUAGUGCCUUACAUUUGGGUUAUAUAACCGCAAUAGCAGCGGGUGCAAUAGUCAGCAUUUUUAUGUACUGUGAUUUCCCUAUAAACUGAAGUAAUUUAUGUUUAAAAUAAAACAAAGGAGGCGACGUUUUGUAUACGAAGCGGCCAAUGACGCGCAAGAAGCGUCCUACAAGAUAAAAGAGUAAUAUUCUAAAAAAAAAUAAAAAAUAAUAGAUCAUCGGUUAUCCGAUUCGAAUCCACGUAAAUUAAAAUCAUAAUAAAUACUUUGAAGUACAGGUCCCCCAUCCAAAUUUUUCAGCAGUAAAAUAUUUUCACCUCGUUGCUUUCCCUUCGUUACUCUCUUUAACUGACCUAUAAGAAAAUGGAUAUCAACGCCGAUUUCCUUCGACCAUCCUUAUGCAAUAUUGUAUUACUGCUUGGAGCCACGACUGGACAUUUUUUGCUCAAAUCGCCCACUGUCGUCAUGUGAAGGGGAUGCUUCUUUUGGCAGAGGGAUUGGCAAUAAGAAGAA